CCCGCCAGCUGAUCAAACUUGUUUACGUUGCAGUUGUUCUUUUCAGAUAAUUCGCCAUAAUUAUUCCGGAAAAAAUGCAACCCGACCGAGUUCUGGCCACCAGGGAUGACGUCGCCGCGGCACAAAGCGAAAACGAGAAUUUGCGCAAAAUACGCAAUCGGCUGAUGCAGUGGGAGUCCAAAACCGACCCCUUGGCGGCGCUAAGUGUCCAGCAGGAGGAGCUCUUGGACGUCCUUACCAAUCUGUGGCGCGAUAGUGGCCCAACCGCCGCACCUGUCACCACGCCCACCACAGCAAGUGUGGGUUCUGAGGCCACGUCUCCUCCGCCGAGCAGGGGUGAGGACAUCGAACUGCCCGCGGAUGGGCUGCAAAAUACCAAUGACUUCUUGCUUUGGUUCGCUGACGUCAGCGCCGAGAUCGAGGAGCGUGGCGAUGCCGACUACCACAAAUACCUGCAGCAGCUGGAGCAGCGCAAGGCGGAAUGCUCGCACAUGCUUGGCCAGAUCGCCGUGGCCAUGGAAAGGCUGGGCGCCCUCUGCGACGAGUAUGACUUUGUGUCGCAGAAGACAAGUGCUUUGAAUACGGCCAGCGAGCAGUUGAUCGACGAGCAGGAGAAGCUCCAGGAGCUGAGCAACGAGAUCCAACGACGGCUGCACUACUUCAGCCAGGUGGAGCUGCUCAACCAGCGGUUGCAGAGUCCCACGCUGUCGGUGGCCAGCGAAGCCUUCCGGGAAUGCCUCAACAAGAUCGACGAUUGCCUGAGAUACAUCGAGGAGAACCCCAAAUUCAAGGAUGCUGCCGCCUAUAACGUCAAGUACAAGCAAUGCCUGGCCAAGGCCUCGGGACUGGUACGCAACUAUGUGACCAGUGUGAUUAAUCAGGCCACCGAGGCCACCCUGCAUCCCAAAAACAAUCUGCCGGAGGCACCCGAUGCCGCCUUUGCCUUGUACUAUGGCAAGUAUCAAACGGCAGCGGCGAAGGUGAAACGAGUGGCCCAGUUGAUAGAAUCCCGAGCGGAGCACAGCAACGAGUACGGCCAGCUAAUGGCGGAUCUGCAGCAGCACUAUCUGGCCCAGCGGGCGAGUGUGAUGUCGCCGGCUGUGAAUCUGUCCAUACAAAACGUAAAGGUGGCGCACAAGGGCGAUCAUUGCUCGCUCACCCGCAGUGCCUGUGCGUUUCUCGUCCAUGUGUGCCAGGACGAGCAGCGUCUGUUCUACCAGUUUUUCAGCACAGGUGCUCCACACUUGACCGUUUAUUUGGAGGGAUUGUGCACCAUACUUUAUGACACCAUGCGGCCCUUUAUUAUACACAUCAAUCACCUGGAAACCCUGGCAGAGAUCUGUUCUAUACUGAGAAUAGAAAUGCUGGAGGAGCAUGUUCAGCAGAAUCCUGCCGCCUUGGAGGCCUUUGCCACUAUUGCACACCAACUGCUGCAGGAUGUGCAGGAGCGGUUGGUUUUCCGGGCACACUUGUAUCUGCAAUCGGAUAUACAGAACUUUAAUCCCUCAUCGGGAGACCUGGCCUAUCCGGAGAAGCUGGAAAUGAUGGAGAGCAUUGCAUUGUCCCUGCAAGAACCUGCUCCAUUGCGACGCUCUGACUCGCGCGGGUCCAUGAUAUCCAGUGUGUCGAGUGUUGUGGAGACAGAAAGCGUGGACACUGCCUACAGGGUCAAGCAAAUGAAUUCCCCAGCCGACCUGCAUGGCAUGUGGUAUCCAACUGUGCGCCGUACAUUGGUCUGCCUCUCUCGGCUGUAUCGCUGCGUUGAUCGUCCCAUUUUCCAGGGACUCUCCCAGGAGGCCCUUAAGCUGUGCAUCCAAAGUGUUUCGCAUGCGGCCGGAAAGAUUGCCGCCUCCAAAACGCCCAUCGAUGGGGAACUGUUCGAGAUUAAGCAUCUACUUAUACUGCGGGAACAGAUUGCCCCAUUCCGUGUGGACUUUACGGUGAAGGAGACGUCUCUGGACUUUAGCAAGGUAAAAACAGCUGCCUUUGGAUUGCUGCAGAAGCGCAAGCAGCUCUUCUCCAUGGGCAGCAACAAUGCCCUGCUGGAAUUCCUAUUGGAAGGCACACCGCAGAUCAAGGAGCACCUGCUGGACUCGCGCAAGGAAGUGGACCGUCAACUGAAGACCGUGUGCGAGAGAUACAUCAAGGAUUCGGUGCAAAUGCUGGUGGGUCCGUUGGUCACAUUCCUGGAAAAGGCACAGUCUCUGUUAGAGCAAGCAAAGCAUUCGCAGUCGCCGGAAUCCACAAAGCCCAGCUACGCUUUGAGGCAAAGCCCCUGGGCCAGUCCGCAGCAAAUCAGCAGCAUUAUCCAGGAGACCCAGCGCCUGAUCAAGGCCAAGUUGGCAGUACUCCAGCGGGCAAUGCAACUAUACCUAAGCAAUCGUGAUACGGAAUUCAUUAUCUUUCGUCCUAUAAGAAACAACAUCAUUCAGUCCUUUGUGAAGCUGGAGCAACUGCUGACCACCAACGGCUACUCUACCGAUGAUAUGAUCAUUACAAGUUGCCCAUCGGCCGAGCAAGUGUCUAUAUUGCUUUCCAGCGCCAGUAUUCUGGCUGCCGAGGGUGUGGCCAGCUUUGCAGCGGCUGCCAGGAAAAUCAGCACCUCGUCCUCGGUGGAUGGAGCCACCACGGCGAGCAGAAAGCUCAGCACUCAGCUCUCAAACAAGUCACAAUCACAACUGGUGGAAACCAAGGAAGCCCAGAUAGAAGUGGUGCCUGCCGAGGGCCCACCGCCAGAGAAGACAUUAGAGGAGGAGGAGGUGACCACACCAACCCAGGCCAUUUCGGAAUAAUUUGCAAUUUAUGUAACCUGUAUGUGUAUCCUAUUUAUGUAACAUAUUUAAGCGCCUAGAGAUCGUUUCCUUAUAUCCCUUACAGCUCGCUAUAUAUAUUCUUUCCAAAAAUGUAGACUUAACAUUGAUUUAUUUUUGCUAAACCACGUAGAAUGUGACAAAGUCAAAGUAAAUUACCAACAAAAUAUUACAAUUAA